AUGAAUCGCUUCCAGUUUGGCGACUCUGACGGCUCUGCCUCGGACUUUGACGAAGACCCCUCCGGUCUCCCUUUCCCCGAGCCGUUAUCCCGCACUUCAUUCCUUGCGCCUGACUUUGACCCGGCCACAUUUCUCUCCUCAUUGACAAAUCGUCACCAGAGCCUGGAAGAUUUGCGACAAGAGCUGCGAGGGUUGGAGCAAUCUUUGAACAAGGAACUGUUGGAUUUGGUCAAUGAGAACUACCAGGACUUCCUCUCGCUAGGGACAUCCCUUCGCGGCGGCGAAGAAAAGGUCGAAGGAGUCAAAGUCGGUGUGCUUUCCUUCCAGCGUGAUGUGAAAGCUAUUCGAGACAAGGUCGAGGCCCGGCGCCGAGAAGUGGAAGAGCUGCUGAAUGAGAAGCGGCGGAUACGAACGAACGCCGACAUUGGCAAAGAUUUGCUGGACUACGCAGAUCGUGUAGAGGAAUUGGAACACCGGCUGAUGAUUCAAACAAACCCAUCACAGCAGGAUGUCAAAAUAUCAGAGGAGUCGGAUACAGAGUCUGAGUUAUACAGCAGCGAGAGUGAGGACGGCGACGAAGAGGAGCUGGCGGAUGGCACACCGGCAAUCUCACUAAAGAAACUGGAACGACAUGCCCAGAAGUUUGUGUAUUUGACUUCGAUUGCUGCUCGAGUCGGCGAGAAGCAUCCAUUCUUGGUUUCAUUGCAACCUCGAAUUACCAAGAUCAAGUCUACACUGCUCCUGGAUCUCAAAUCCGCUUUAGAGCAGGCUACCACUACGGGGGAAAGCGCGAUGCCAGGACAUUGGCCGUUUUGCGCAUAUACGAUCUGA